AGCUUUUUCAAAACAAUGGCCUUGAAUGACCAAAAUAAAAACAUUUACUUCAAAGAGAAAGAGAUAAAAGAUGUUGGACCCUCAAUAGAUUCAGAUGAUAUCCAACAAAGGAUUGCCGCUCGACGCAUAAAACUACAAAACAGAUUGGAGCGCUUAAGGCAAGUUCAUAAUACAUUUUGUUCUUUUACACUGAAAAUAGAGGUGACGUUCAUUCUAAUGAAACCAAGUCAAGCAAAGAAGAUAUUGGGUUAGGGAGAUCUCAGAUCGAGCUGAGUAGCAAAAGGAUAUCGAAACUUAUUCGCGAUGGAGACGCUUUUAUAACUAACAUUCGUGUUGCUUGUGAUGCACGUGAAUACUUCAAAAGAACUGAAGACCAUGAACUCAAUCAUAACAGAAUUCGCGUUUUGGAAGAUGAGGCAACAAGAAGCCUAGAAGCAUUCAAUAAAAUAACAGAACAAUGGGAAAAGGCGCAGGAAAGUGAAUUAUUAGAUGAAACAAAAGAGGUAAGAUAAAUAGUUUCACUCUAAACAAAUCGCAAUAACUAGGAUGGGAAUGUUACAUCAGACUACAACUUAUUGUAUAACUUCUGUACUUUCUAUAAAUGUUUUUAGAUGUUAGACAAACAAAACACGUUGUGCAAAGACCUUAUAGCUGAGAAAAAUAAGCUGAUUAAUGAACUGAAUUUAGUAAGUCGUAAUUUUAUUUUAAAGAUUGGUAACAAAUCGCGUACGAGACCAAUAAGUUAAUUAUGCCUGCGAUAUUUCGCAUUUAUGCAAUAAGAAAACAUCACUAUGAUGAAGACCGAAUGAGUUAAGAUAUUAAAGCCUAUAUUGUUAUAAAUGGUUUCAAUUAUCCAUUUGUUGAUCAUCUUGAGUGAGUUGUGAUCAGUAUUUGUCGGGAUAUGUAUGUCGUGUACGGACUACCCCUAUGUGGCAAUUUUUCACACCUUUUUAUCGAAUAGAUGGAUUUGUGGUCAUCAAAGACUGGCCACAAUCCAGUCAAGAUGAUCAACAAAUUUAUAAUUCAAACCUUUACUAAUAAUUAUACAAAUAUCAUUCUCGCUCCUCAAGUCGGUGGCUGUAUGAGUCUAGUAACUUAAUGAAGUGUGUUAGCCUUUGAAGCUAAACGUAAUGAAUUCAAGUCCUGAUGCGGAAAUUAACACUGAGAUUCCUGUAUAAGUCUGAUACCUAAUGAAACACGUGUCCUGGAAUUAGUAUAUUCUGUAAAAAUAAAUUAAACAUAUACAGAAUAUAUUUAUAACGGUUUAUAUUUUCUUAUUAUCGGCAUUAAAGACUACAAUCAAUCAGUUUACACUGGUAUGUGUAGAUUUUAAACUAAUUUAUUUGAUAUUGCCACUUAGAUAAAACGAAGUUCAAAAACGUAUUAAAAUUAUGUAAUAAUGCUAAACUAAAUACAACUAAGGUCUACGCAAGAUAUUCUAUGUCUGCUGGCCGGAUACCAUCGGCAACAGCCUACUGUGGGAGGGAACAAACCAACUUCCAGUUGAAGAGGAAAUUAGGAAAAGACGAUAGGAGUGGACAGGAUAUACACUACGGAAAUCAUCAAACUGCAUCAUGAGGCAAGCCCUAUUAUGGAAUCCUGGAAGGAAACGGAAAAGUGGAAGACCAAAGAGCAUACUGCGUCGGGAAUCGGAAGCAGAUAUUAAAAGAAUGUGUAGCACAUAGUAACAAAUGAAAAGGGUUACUCAGGAUAGAGUUGGAUGAAGAAUGCUAGUGUGCGGCCUAUGAUCCUCCAAGACGUGGGGUAACAAGCGUAAUUAAGUAAGUAAAUACAACUUGGAAGGGAAAAAGAAAUGAGUACAAAUGCAAUAUCGUUUUCAAAUAAUGUCGUCUAAAGUCAUCAACUAUAGAUUAUAAUAUAAUGUAGUGUCCGUUUUUGAAUUAUUUAUCUUCAAACACAACUUUGUCAAUAUGAUUAAUUAGUUUAUAGAAUAAUAUGAAGCGUUAGUUCAAAACGAAAUGUUUCCGACUUAUGUCAAAUACUAUAGUACAUGUUUCUUGGAUAGGAUUGUCGAUUUUUCCGAUUAAAUUGUUCAAUAGUUGAAGGAAAUUCUAAAUACAUCAAUAAUAUCAGAAUGGAGGUUUGUUGAGAUCGUAGUAAUUUUAAUAGUUGGAUUCAUGAGUCGAUCUAAACUAGACCACCAUUGAAAACCUAGACAUUAACUUGUCGGAUGCUGUUUCAGUGGUCUAGAGGUCGAGCGAGACUGAAGGUUCUGGAUUUGAGUCUCUUUGGUGAGGUAUCGUGGAUGCAAACUAUUGAGGAGUCCCGUGCUAGGACGAAACAGCAGUUAAACAAUGCUUCUUGGUUUUCAAUGGUGGUCUAGCUUCGAUCAAUUCAUGAAUUCAACUGUUAAAACAUCUUUCAUGUUUACUAUCAUCAAAUUAAAAAAAUUUGUUUUUUUAUGUUCGACUUAAUGAAAUGAAAAUGUAAAACAAUACAGGAAAUUAAAGCUAAAGAUGAUCAUUAUGUAAGAGAAUUGAAAAAACGCACAAAUGAUAUUGAUUUAUUAGCUGAACGAAUGGAAUCACAAAUCAAAGCUAUUCAAAGAACUUAUCGGGAAGAAAUAAUUGCCAUUGAAAAUGCAUUUUUAGAUCAAAGAGAAAAAUUAACUAGUGGACAAAGUGCUGAAUGGGGAACGCUGAUGAAUGAAAUCAAACAGAAACAAAUUAAUUAUUUAAAGCAACGUGAAGAUCAGGCUAUUGAAUAUGAGAAAGAACUUUAUGAUCUACGCACUAAAUAUUCGGAAGAGUACAAUGCACUGAAAAUAUCAUUGGGCUCUGAAGUCGAGACACUUGAAAGUCAUUUGCAAAAAUUAAAAUCUACAUAUCAAUUGAAUACAGAAAAAUUAGAUUAUAAUUAUCAAGUUUUAAAACGACGUGAUGAAGAGAAUACAAUGCUUAAAUCAAAUCAAAAAAGAAGAAUUACACGUCUGCAAGAUACAUUGAAUAAUUUAAGCAUUAAAUCAACUAAACAAGAACAACAAUACAAAGUAGAAAAUGAACAAUUAUCCGAAGAUUAUAAAAGGCGAAUGGAAAAUUAUAGUGAUUUACAAAAGAAAUCAAAGUUAUUGAUAGAAGGCAUACAAAGAAAUUUUCAUGAUAUUUGGAUAAUGAAUGAAGAGAAUUUAAAAGAACUAGCCAAUCGUCUUUUGGAUGCACAUCGAAUUAUUACUGAACAACAACUUGGUUUAACAUGGAAUCCACCAGACAUAUCUUUCAUGGAAAAUGUGGGUCCAGUGAAACAGAUCACCAGUAAACCUCCAGCUAUAAUUGCAAUGGAAUUAGCCUUACAAUCUGACAAGAAAAAAUUUCCAGAUUCACAAAAUGUAACCUCAGAAAACACAAUCCCUACAACAUUGAAAGAAGUUUCAUCAAAAAUUGUACAAGAAUUUUUGCACUUACUGUGUUAUGAACCUGAAUUUUUAAUUGAUGAAAACAUGAAACGUUUAUUAGAACCGUUAGGAUAUGAAGAAGGGUUACUUCUACGUCUAGAUAUAAUACUAACGGUUUUAGGUGUACAAACGGAAGAAGAUUUAAACAUGUUAUUUACAUAUUUUAUCGAACAACAGAAAGAUAAUCAAUCUCAAUUUGAACGUAUAUCUUCAACAACCACUGAAGAAUCAAAUGAAUCUGUUCAGAAAUCUCCACCGAGAUAUGUCAGCUUACAGAGUUUACAAGAGUCAUCUGAUAUAAUGAAUGAAACUCUCAAAAUUGUACAAAAUGAAAGCAAUGAAGUUCAAUCAACUGCUACUGGGAAAUGUUCAGUAAAAACUGAUGAAUCACCUAUUUGUCAUAAAACUGAAAAAUCUAUAUUAAAAUGGAAUUUAAUUUCACCGGUACAUGUUAUUGAUGCAAUAUAUCAAUUUACUGAAGAUAUGCGUAAACGUGAACUUUCAAAUGAUCAAAAUACCAUUAAUGAUAAUGAUAAUACUAAUAAUAAUAUUAGUAAUAAAAUUAAUAAAUUUGAUGAUUAUAGAAUUCGUGAUGAUUCAAAAGAUUUAAUAUAUUGGAAUAAAUAUAAACAGAAUAUAGUUACUGAAGAAUGGGAAGAAAUAUGGAAUAAUUUAUACAUAGCUUUAGAAAAAUAUUACAAUAUAUUAAAACAUCGAGCCAAAUUAAUACAUGAUACAGAUGGUUUAAGAAAACAAAAUGCUGAACUACGACAUUUAUUACAACAAUAUAUGAAUUCUAAGGUCAAUUAUGAAUUACAAAUUCCACCAUCAAAAAUUAUGUCAUUUAUUUGA